AUGAGCAAUUCUUUUCAAAAUGGCUGACAAAGACAUGGAUGUAAACAUUGAAAAUGACAAACGAGAUACUGGAGCAGCCGAAGCUCCUUUAGAAGUAACUGUUACUCGUAAAAGGAAAAAAGAAAAAACUGAUGCUAUGGAUACAGAUGAUUCGCCCAAGAAACCUAAUUUUCCACCAGUAGCAGUAGAUGCUCCCGGUGACAAAUCAGAGUUCCGAAAAGUGCCAGUUCCUCCUCAUCGUUACACUCCUUUAAAAGAAAACUGGAUGAAAAUAUUUACCCCUGUUGUUGAGCAUCUGCAUCUACAGAUUCGUUUCAACCUGUCCAAAAGAACUGUUGAAAUCAGGACUUGUAAAGACACAACUGAUCAAGGAGCUAUUCAAAAAGCAGAAGACUUUGUGAAAGCUUUUACGUUGGGAUUUGAAGUUGAUGAUGCUUUAGCCCUGCUUCGUUUGGAUGACUUAUAUGUCGAAAGUUUUGAAAUAAAUGAUGUAAAACCGUUAAAGGGUGAUCACUUAUCACGAGCAAUUGGAAGAGUUGCUGGAAAAGGUGGAAAAACAAAAUUUACUAUAGAAAAUGUAACGAAAACUCGAAUAGUACUGGCUGACAUAAAAAUACACAUCUUGGGGUCAUUUCAAAAUAUCAAAAUAGCUAGAACUGCAAUAUGUAACCUUAUAUUAGGAAGCCCUCCAUCUAAAGUGUAUGGAAAUAUGCGUGCAGUGGCAGCUCGUUCUGCAGAAAGAUUUUAAUGUUUACAUAACCAUGUCUUUUAUUUAUUAAUCGGGACUUGUCUGAGUGUUUAUUUUUGUAAUCAUACAUAUUUCAAAUAGAACGCUAAAAAUAUAAAA